AUGAAGUUUGAGGAUGUGCUGGCAGAGGUGGGCAGCUUUGGGAGGUUCCAGUUAAUGACAAUCUUCUUGAUGGUAAUUCCUCGUUUGACUUUGGCUCUUCACUUUCUGCUCAAUAAUUUUAUUGCGGUAAUUCCCUCUCACCACUGCAACAUCAGUUCUCUGGAUGAUGGAGGUAUUUUUAGGAAUUUAUCCCAGGCCGAGAGACUUGUUGUUGGUCUUCCAGUCCAAAAGGAUGGGACGCCAAAUUCCUGUCAGAUGUUUGCAGAGCCUCAGUAUCAUCUGCUGCGUAAUUCCUCCAGCAUGGCUGAGCUACCCACAGUGCCGUGUCAGAAUGGAUGGGUGUAUGAUAACACCACUUUCAAUGGGAUCUGGUUUGCGAUAAAAGAAGAGUUAACAAAGCCACCGCCACUAUCUUCUUCAUGGGUGUUAUGUUUGGAGCUGCAGUAUUUGGCAAUCUUAGUGACAGGUAUUGAAUGGGUGGACAUCAAGCAUCGAACUGCAGUGGGCAUUUUAAUAAGCAUGGACUGGACCGUUUCUACAGUUCUGCUAGUUCUUUUGGCCUAUUUUGUGAAUGACUGGAGGUACCUGACUGCCACAGCAACUGCUCCACUUUUGCUAGCAAUUGUUACCUGGUGGUGGGUCCCUGAGUCUGCCAGAUGGCUGAUAAGCAAUAGAAAGGUGAACAGUGCUCAUUUUUACCUGAGCAAGUGUGCAAAAAUCAACGGCAGAGAGCAGGUCAUGGCUGAUCUAAAACCUGAGGUACUGUCUAAAGCGGUACCAAUAGAUAACCAAAGCAAAAAAUAUUCUUAUUUGGACCUCGUGAAGACCCCAGAAAUGAGGAGGCUGACUCUUCUUACCGGCGUUUUGUGGUUCGGAGUGUCUUGUGUCUAUUAUGGAAUCAGCUUAAAUGUUGCUGGAUUUGGUGUAAACAUUUAUCUCACACAGUUCAUCUUUGGCAUGAUUGAAAUUCCUGCAAAGACCUUCAUCUUUUUCACCUUGCAAAAACUAAGCCGAAGGUUGAACCAGGCUGGAACGCUUGGCCUGACUGGACUGUGUUUAUUCUGCAACAUGUUUGUCCCACGAGAUAUGACACUCUAUCGCACAACUGUCGGAACUUUGGGAAAGAUGUCCGCAGAGGGAGCUUUUACAAUUGUAGUUUUGUACACAUCAGAGCUCUACCCUACAGUAAUGAGGCAGAGCGGAUUGGGUUACAGCUCCUUUGUGGCCCUCAUAGGUGUGUCUCUGUCCCCUCUGAUUAUGGUUCUUGAAGACGUGUGGCUGUAUCUACCAAGUACUGUUUUCACCUUCCUGGCCUUUGCUGCUGCUCUGUCAGCGUGUUUACUUUCAGAGACCCAAAAUGUUAAUCUACCAGAAACCAUUGAAGAUGUGGAACAGACAAGAGGCCGAUUAGUCUGAACAUCUGAGGAGACUUCUGCUGUUUAAUUGUUUUCUUUAUGGCAAUGUAUAGCUUCCAAGCUGGAUGAUCAUUGAUUGCAACAUGUUUAAAUAACAAAACUGAAACCACCCCAAUCUGUCUUACUUAAGCAAAAUUUGCAUACAAUAUGCUGUUUAUUAACA